AUGGACACGAGCUACCUGGCCCAGCAAGUCACCACCAUCAUCGGCCAGCUGCACGGUCUUUUCGACGAGAUCGGUGUCGCCAGCCAUGAGCGCGACUCGCGCGAGGCCGAGCUCUUCUCGGCGCUCUCAGAAACCCUCCACAGUCAGCUUAAGCAGACGACAAACGAGAAGCAUGAAAUGACUGAGGAGGCGGAACGCCUUAUUCGGACAAUCCGCCAGAUGGAGGCCUCGCUUGACGACAACAAGCCCAACCCCAACUACGAGAUUGAUGAUGGCCUCGACGUCACCUACCCAUUGACGCGCUGCCUCAAGGAGCUGAAGGAGAAGUACAGCACCGUCAGCAAACUGCACCGCGAGCGCUUUGAGCAAGUGCGCAAACUUGCCGAAGCCCUCGAAUCCUACGCAUCACAUCUAGAUAGAGACUUCGUGCAGAUCAAGCUCCCUCCCACCGCGCCGAACGCUGCCAUCUCACCAGCUUUCGACAUUUCGCCAUCUUACGUCGCUUCUCUCGACCACGAGUUCUCUCGCGUAUACGAAGAGUACAACCGCCGCUUGAACACCGUCCAGGUGCUAUGCCAGGAGAUGAUCCAACUAUGGGCGGAGCUAGGCACGCCGCAGGCACAGACAGACACUUCGGUCGUCAAGUACCACCGCGAGGCUCCGGAGCAGCUUGGCCUGCACAGCGAGGACAUCGCUGAGCUCAAGGCGAAGAAGGAGCGCUUGGUCGAGGAGAAGCGCGGGCGCGAGCGACGAUUGGGACAAUUGCGCUCCACGAUUGAAGACCUGUGGGAUCGGCUGAACGUCGACCAGGCGGAGCGCAAGCAGUUCUUGGCUGGUAACCGCGGCUGUGGCCUGCGAGCGAUCAAUGAGUUCGAGGACGAGCUUGCGCGAUUGAAUGAGCUGAAGCGCCAGAACCUGCACAUCUUUGUCGAGGAAGCGCGAGUGAAGUUGCAAGAGCUCUGGGACGCGUUAUACUUCUCUGAGGAAGAGAUGCUUGACUUUACGCCUGCGUUCUCCGAUGUCUGCACCGACGCCCUUCUCUCAUCGCAUGAAGCCGAAAUUUCCCGCCUAGAAGUACUUAAGGAACAGCGACUGCCGAUUCUCCGGAAGAUUGACAGGCAUCGCGAGCUUAUCAAAGAGCGCGAAGACCUUGCGCAAUCAAGUCAGGAUGCGUCUCGCCUGAUGGCCAAGGGACAGAAGGGAGAGAGGCGCGAUCCAGGUAAAUUGCUUCGAGAAGAGAAGAUGCGCAAGCGAAUCUCAAAGGAGCUGCCCAAGAUUGAAGCCGAGCUGAAGCAGACGCUUGAGCAAUGGGAGGACGAGUAUGGCCGGCCCUUCUUGGUCCUGGGCGAGCGCUAUCUCGACGAGCUGUACGCCUGCGCUCAGAAAGCUCCGCCACCACGAUCAAAGACUCCCUCUGCAGCUCCCAUGCCUGUGAAAGGGCACGCAAAGUCCCAGUCGGUUAGCUCGGUUAGUCGGCCGGCGACUGUCCGUGGUCCGCCUCCUAGCAGAUCGAAGACACCUGCAUCGAGUUUCAGUUCAAGCACCAUGGGACGCAACCCGUUCGCAAGCUCGACUAUGUCGACAGCCUCAGCACAGAAGAGCCCUUCCAAGAUCCCCGCUCGUGCUCCGUUGAAGACAAUGCAACAUGGUGGUAAUUCACCGGAACGAAGGAUGGCCCCGCCGUCCCGCGAAGACCUCAGGGAGUCAACGAUGCGAAAGAUGCCGCCACCGAUGGCACCCCCGCCACGCAUGAAGGACUUGUUCGUGCCUCCGGAUCCAGUAGCAACACCCAUGAACCGUUUCGACUUCAACCGCGGUGAGCGGAGCGAGAGCGUCGUACGCCAUGUUCCACCUGAGGAUCCCUACGAUGACCGUAGCUACCUAUCGCAAACGAUUCGCUCCAACUACACGCCGCAGUACAUCCCUCCGCAAGGCAGGCAAAUAUCCCAGACUUCGUCAACAGGGACCGGUGCUACCAUGCAGUCUGGCUCCGAAAAUUGGGAGACAUUCAGUGAACAAUCGGACGACCCGCCUGAGCGCGACGUUGACCUCUACUACCACCGCCAGCAGAUGGCCCGCAACAAGCGCUUCACUCCCGAUGGUGGACACGCUUCGUCGCCCCGUGGUGUGAAUGGCAAGAAGAUACGAGCCAUUCGUCCGGUAGAGGGCGACUACAUGGUGGAACAAGGCGGGCAGUUGGUCCGCGCGAUAUCGGGCAGCGAGUGCGGAUGGACCGACGAUGGCGACGCGUUCUAG